AAACACAUACGAGUAGGCAGUCAGUAAAGCUUUCUUGGCGGCAUCUUUCCACCUUUUUCUGUUUCCGUUCGAUCAUAAAUAAAAUAAAUAAAUAAUCUCCACCCUCCUACACAAUCUCACUGCUUCAAAAACCCACAUUUUUUAUUCAAUAUUCAUCAUCCAAUUCACAAUUUGCUGUCUCUGUUACUCUGAUUUUCUGCCGUAAUCUUUGGAAUCUCGCGCUAAUCCUCCAUUGUUGAUGCUCAUCUAAUUUUCUCUAUCCUUCUUCUUCCAUUUCUCGGCUUCAGAUUAUUCAAGAUGGUUGCGUUUGGGAAAAAGUUGAAAGAAAGGCAACUUCAAGAAUGGCAAUGGUAUUAUAUAAACUACAAAUUGAUGAAGAAGAAAGUCAAACAGUAUGCUCAACACAUAGAGAGUGGAACGUUGGACCGUCGUCACGUGCUGAAAGACUUCUCAAGAAUGCUAGACAUCCAGAUCGAAAAAAUUGUUCUUUUCCUUUUGGAACAACAAGGGAUACUUGCCGGAAGGCUGGCCAAACUUGGAGAGCAGCAUAAUUCCCCUGAUCAACAGCCAGAUAUAGCCAAGAUAUCUCAACUACGGGAAGCAUAUAGAGAAGUUGGGCUUGAUCUUUUAAAGCUUCUUUACUUUGUUGAGAUCAAUGCGAUUGGUCUUCGUAAGAUUCUUAAGAAAUUUGAUAAACGAUUUGGUUAUCGUUUCACUGAUUACUACGUCAAAACGCGUGCCAAUCAUCCUUACUCCCAGCUUCAGCAAGUGUUCAGGCAUGUGGGAAUAGGAGCAGUUGUGGGGGCCAUAACUCGUAACCUUGGAGACCUGCAGGAGCGCCAAGGAAGCUAUGCAUCAAUCUAUGAUGAGCCUGCUAUACCCCUUCAGGAUCCUGUAAUUGAUUCAAUAAAAUCAGCUGUAGAUAGGUUAGGAUACUCAACGAAUUUCCUUCACUUUCUGGCACAACAUGCACUUAUAAUGCAGGAAGACAUAUUACCAACCCCAACGGAGGAGCAAAUUGAUGACAAAAGAUAUUAUUUCAUGUCACUUAUUUUGAACUUGGCAAACACAUUUUUAUACAUGGUUAACUCAUAUAUUAUUGUUCCAACUGCUGAUGAUUACUCCUUAAGCCUUGGAGCAGCUGCAACUGUUUGUGGUAUCAUUAUUGGGGCAAUGGCUGUAGCACAGGUCUUUUCAUCCGUAUAUUUUAGCGCUUGGUCUAACAAAUCAUACUUCAGACCUCUUGUAUUCAGCAGCAUUGUUCUUUGUGUGGGAAAUCUCUUAUAUGCACUGGCCUAUGAUUUUAAGUCAAUAUGGAUUCUCUUGAUUGGUCGUUUAUUAUGUGGAUUGGGUUCUGCAAGAGCAGUUAAUCGACGUUACAUCAGUGAUUGUGUGCCCCUAAAGAUUCGAAUGCAAGCAUCAGCUGGUUUUGUUAGUGCAAGUGCUCUUGGAAUGGCUUGUGGUCCUGCUCUUGCUGGCCUACUUCAAAUAGAAUUCAAGCUUUUUAACUUGACCUUCAACCAGGACACUCUGCCUGGUUGGGUUAUGGCAGUUGCCUGGCUAUUUUAUUUGGUUUGGCUGUGGAUUGCCUUUAAAGAACCUGUGCGUGAUGAAGAUCAUGUAGAACAACAAUCUUCUACAGAAAUAAAGCAAAAUGAUGCAAUGGAAAAGGGUGUUAAGCAACCCUUACUUUUAACAACAGAGCGAAGUGAGAUAAUUUCAGAAGAUAAGGAACAUGAUGAAGAAGACGAUGGUGACGCAGAAUAUGAUGAAAGUGAAGAAGCUCUUGAAGAAUCGCACAAACCGGCCACCUCAAUUGCAUCUGCCUACAAUCUACUCACACCUUCGGUUAAGGUCCAACUGUUGAUCUAUUUCAUGCUCAAGUAUGCAAUGGAAAUUUUACUUUCUGAAUCUAGUGUAGUUACAACGUACUACUUUGGUUGGUCAACAAGCACUGUAUCAAUUUUCCUUGCUUGCCUUGGCUUGACGGUACUUCCUGUUAAUAUGAUUGUUGGGACCUAUAUCAGCAAUAUGUUCCAGGAGAGGCAAAUUUUAUUGGCUUCUGAGAUUGUGGUCUGCGUCGGUAUCCUGCUAAGCUUCAAUUUAUUUGUUCGGUAUACUGUCCUGCAAUACGUCUGCUCAGGCCUGAUCAUGUUCGUUGCUGCUGAAGUUCUUGAAGGGGUAAACCUAUCACUCCUAUCUCGAGUUAUGUCAUCAAGACUGUCACGCGGAACAUACAAUGGUGGCCUUCUGUCAACUGAAGCUGGGACACUAGCUAGAGUGGUCGCGGAUGCAACAAUCACACUGAUCGGGCUCUUGGGUGAAAGUAGUCUUCUGAAUUUGACCCUCCUACCGUCGUUUCUCAUUUCUGUUGGCUCCAUAAUUGCUACAUGCUACACUUACAACUCUCUCUACUGAUUGAUCCCUUGUUACCUGCAGGAUUAUUUCAAUCCUAUACUCCUACUGCAUCUCCCCACUUCUCUUCCUGUCCCAUAAUUUUGGUUCUUGUUUCUUUUUUUUUUAUUCCAGUUUUGAUUUUAUUAAUCUAAUUGCUGUAAAUUAUAGGAAAAAAUAAGCUUAUUUUUGUUGCCCUCUGUUGAACCUCUAUAGUGACAUUGAAGGUUGUUUUCAGUGGGCUGCUCAAGUAAUGCCUAUAUUGUCUAAAUUUGCUGAUUUCUACUUGAUGCUUCAAUGAACUUCUGUGCAAAAACUAAUUUUCGUUAAAAAUUGGUACAAAAUGCACAAUUUUGAACUUGAUCUAGAAAGCACGUGAAUCAUAAUUUUAAAAAUUUGAUUGAAAUGUAGAUUUACAAUAUUUUUGCGUCACA